GCAUGUUCGAUCGUGACAAAUAGUAUCAGCUGAAACACUCCAUUCCCUGACAUCCCCUUCACCCUGUACGCCGGGGGUCCCCGAAUACAUUCCGAUAGCCACUAUUGCCUCAUACGUUCCGCGAUCUGCAUCGGCCGAUCACCUGAAUCCCAUCGCGCUGCCGCAAGCCGGAUUACUAUCCGAUCAGGCGCAGGUUAGCCUGGUCAAACAAGCCAUGUCUUCUGGUGCCCCUGACAAUGGCCCUGACAAGCCUCGUUUGCACUCUGCCCGCUCGUUCCCCAGGAUGGACAAUGCAGACAUGAGCCCUCUGGCUCGCUCGAGAGCUAAAACUGUACAGUCGGUGGCCAUAACGGAGUCAGUCGCCCCUGACGCACUUCCAUUGUCGACAAAUGAAGAUGGGCAGGAUUCUGGCCCAGAUGUCUUUGAGAAAGCGGCAUCUCCGGAGGUGGGACUGGGUGAAGAUGGACAACAGGAAGAGGAGGGCUCUGUUCUGUCCCGGAGCAUUCAGGGACAGCCGGAAGAGUUACCGAUCGAGCUGGCUAGCUUAACUGAUCGAUUCGUGAACUCAUUGAGCGCCAAAGUCCAUUCCUCCCCUCCUACAAUCGACAAGAUAUCCAACCUCUACCAGGAAUUUUACAUCAAGGCAGAAUCUCAUAUCGCUACGCACAUAUCUGCUCUUGCCUCUCGAAUAAAUCGCGAUCCCGGCCCACUGCCAUCCGGCAAUACCCCGUCGAAAGCGAAGAAUAAGGACGGCGAAAAUGUCACUCCUGGCCGACAAAUGUUGACUGCUUCCGAAGUUACGGAAAAAAGACAGGCGCGGAAGCUACUCUCUUCCAAGCGCCUCGCUCUAGAAGAAGCAGUGGAACGACGAGCUUGUGAAAGUAUUUAUGACAAAUUAUGGAGACACAAAAGCACGCUCGACGAGGUCAGGGAUGAGAAACUGCGCUCGAAGACAGCGGCCUUGCUCCUUGUUGGAAUCAAUCUCAAAGACCUGGGAGUGGAUGUUGAUAUGACAAGUAUCAGUCCGGAAAGACAGAAAGAGGUGGACGAGGGUCUCUCGCUUGCUCGUGAUUAUCUCGCGAAGAUGGACCAAGAAAAAUUUCCCCUAGGAAAGCUUCAACAUCUCGCAGCUGCCCACAAGGCGAUAGUAGAUGCCUUGACCAAAUUACUGCCUUCUUCUUCCUCUGCCGAUGAGAUCUUACCCACCUUGAUCUACUCGCUUGUCACAUGCCCGCCUGAGGGCAUCAACAUCAUCAGCAAUCUCUAUUUCAUCCAGCGGUUCAGGUCGUCGGGCAAAAUUGAUGGUGAAACGGCAUACUGCUUGACGAAUCUCGAAGCGGCAAUCAGCUUCCUGGAAAAUGUGGACCUUUCCGAACUUCGCUCGGAAGAUCUACCGGAAGGACAUACCAAAGCUGCCCUUGAAGCGAUGGACCCUCUACCUAUCAAUAAUGAAGCCUCGGUCUCCUCUGCUCAAGCUGAUGCAUCUGGCGAGUUCUCGAAACCAUCCGGCAAGGAGAGUGCCUCCAAUACCUUUCCCCGUCGUCAUAACCCUGCUUCAACCCAGCAACGCCUUAACAACAUAUUUCAACCGCCUUCGAAAGUGCUUGGGGCAGCGAACGAUGCUGUGCGCAAUACCGCGGACCAGGGUUUGAAGAACAUCGGUGCAUCACUUGACAGUAGCUUCAAUUUCUUAUUCGGACGGCUGAAAGAAUUGCAAUCAAGCCAGCCGGCUGGCAAAGAAGGAGGCAAUCCUGUCCUGCCAAAAACUCUCGCUGAAGCUCGGCGUCUGGUUACGUCACCAGUUUCUGGCGAUCAGAAUUCGGCCAAAGAGGACAGUCCGGCGCAAUCGACUGCUUCGAAUGACCGACCUCCCUUAAGGCGCAUCGGCUCGAAGGCCGAGGAUGCGUUCCUAGGACUCGUCACAGGCCAAAGAACUCCUCGUGAUCGGAGUGUGGACAGUGUUAGGACACAGGGUAGCGGCAGGAAGAAUACUGCUGGUACCGGCUCUAUCAAAGAUGAGCCUUCCCCCGGCUUUUCUCAAGGUCCUGCCGGCUCUGCAUCUCAACCCCCCACACCUUUGGAGUCCAUGCGGAACUUCGGAAACACUCUCAACCCCCUCAACCAUAUCCCGGGUAUGAUAAGAAGCUUCGGACGUCCAGUCCCUGAUGGUUCUGGAGGGGUCGCAACGCCUUCUGAGAAGGUAAGAUCAGGGCCCGGCUCGCGCGAGGUCUCUUCGGGUAACCCUGCACCGGCUACGAAAAUCGACCCUCCCAUUCAGCGAUUUCUUCAGACCCAAGAUGUCAACGAGCUUACCAUCGGCGACGUCAUCGCGCUACUAGAAGAUUACAAGAGAAUUUCCGCAGUAUUGUUGAAGCAGGACUCCAAUUCCAAAUGAGCAGCGACCUCCUCUUCACCCCCUUUACACCGGGUUCCUCUUGUCACCUGGUUUUCUAUUUCAUACUUUUAUUUUAUGUCGGGAUAUAACAGCGUUGCGAAUCACGGCUACUAUAGAUCACUCAUAUCUCUGGCGUUUUAUUCACUUUCUGCGUUACACAUACCUAAGCCAUGGGGAUAGUUAGCAUCGGUUUGGAGUUAAUACAUAUGACCCAUCACAGAAU